AUGAGUCAGCAGCCUCUUUCUCACCCCCCUCAAAAUGAGGGCGGGGAAGAUGGCCGUUCGGUUGUACCCAUCCGAUACAAGAAUCAACUCAAACAACUACUUCGAGACCUCAACGAGCUCCCCACGAAAUCUCCUUCAAUCUACCUUGACGCAUCAGGUAUUGGAAAUGAUGGAUUGAAUGACCUUCAUUUAUUAGUGCCGCCUACCAACACUCUCUAUCUUAUUAAUGCGAGGCGACUUGGUGACACUGCGUUCUCAGCCGUUGGCCAUAGUGAGAUGUCUCUUCGGCUAAUUCUUAAGUUAAAGGACAUUCCCAAGGUUGGUUUUGAUAUUCGUGAUAUUUCUCGACUCUUGUUUCGUCAAUUCAACAUAUCACUCGCUGGCAUCUAUGAUCUUCAGCUUAUGGAGCUCGCGAGUAGAAAGGAGGGGCAAUCUAUGAAGUUUCUCUCUGGAUUGGCGAAAUGCAUCGACCAAGAUAUUCCCAACUCAAACGAUAAAAAGAUUCGCUGGCUAAACCCAGAAGAUAUAAUCAACUUACACCUUUACAACACUUUAGGCCAUGUACCGAAUAGCAGUAUGAAACGAGUCGAGAUGUUUCCAACCUUAUGGUCAGUGUACAAACGGAAGCUCACUAGUACGAAAAAUGCAGUCUGGCUUCAUCUCGCGCAACAAGAGUCGGAACAAAGAGUAUACGACUCGAAGAAGAAUGCAGGAAGUCAUCCGGAGAGGCAGCGCUGGGGACCAGAGGUCUUCUGGAAUAAUAAACAGAGACAGGCUGCUAUUGACGCUUGGAAUGAUGGAAAUCUUUUAGAGGAGAGACUGGGAGGAAUAGAAUUGUGUGAUGACUAA